AUGGCAGCGCUGCCCGGGACGGUGCCGCGGAUGAUGCGCCCGGCGCCGGGGCAGAACUACCCCCGCACCGGCUUCCCGCUGGAAGUGUCCACCCCGCUGGGCCAGGGCAGGGUGAACCAGCUCGGAGGGGUUUUCAUCAACGGGCGCCCGCUGCCCAACCACAUCCGCCACAAGAUCGUGGAGAUGGCGCAUCACGGCAUCCGGCCCUGCGUGAUCUCCCGGCAGCUCCGCGUCUCCCACGGCUGCGUCUCCAAAAUCCUCUGCCGCUACCAGGAGACCGGAUCCAUCCGGCCCGGGGCCAUCGGCGGCAGCAAGCCCAGGGUCGCGACUCCCGACGUGGAGAAGAAAAUCGAGGAAUACAAGCGGGAGAACCCCGGGAUGUUCAGCUGGGAGAUCCGGGACCGGCUGCUCAAGGACGGCCACUGUGACCGCAGCACGGUGCCCUCAGGUUUAGUGAGUUCGAUUAGCCGCGUGCUCCGCAUCAAAUUCGGCAAGAAGGAGGAGGACGAGGACUGCGACAAGAAGGAGGAGGACGGCGACAAGAAGGCCAAGCACAGCAUCGACGGCAUCCUGGGCGACAAAGGGAACCGCCUGGACGAGGGCUCGGACGUGGAGUCGGAGCCGGACCUGCCGCUGAAGCGGAAGCAGCGCCGCAGCCGCACCACGUUCACGGCGGAGCAGCUGGAGGAGCUGGAGAAGGCCUUCGAGAGGACCCACUACCCCGACAUCUACACCCGCGAGGAGCUGGCCCAGCGCACCAAGCUCACCGAGGCCCGCGUGCAGGUGUGGUUCAGCAACCGGCGGGCGCGCUGGCGCAAGCAGGCAGGAGCCAAUCAGCUGGCAGCCUUCAACCACCUGCUGCCGGGGGGCUUCCCGCCCACGGGGAUGCCGGCGCUGCCCCCGUACCAGCUGCCCGACUCCUCCUACCCCAGCACCACCAUCUCCCAAGACGGCGGCAGCACCGUGCACCGGCCGCAGCCGCUGCCGCCCUCCACCAUGCACCAGGGCGGCCUGGCCGCCGCUGCCGCCGACUCCGGCUCUGCCUACGGCGCCCGGCACAGCUUCUCCAGCUACUCCGAGAGCUUCAUGAACGCCGCAGCCCCCGCCAACCACAUGAACCCCGUCAGCAACGGCCUCUCCCCGCAGACAAUCCUGCACGAGGCAUAG